AUGGAGUCUUCAACCACCACCCAAAGUGGUCUCUCAUUUGGUCUUGACGCCUUUAGCAUAGACACCUCACCCCCCCACAGCUGUGUCUCCCCCAACUCAAGCUACCCUAGCAGCGUCUCCCCCAACUUAACCUACCCCAGCUGCGUCUCCCCUGAAAUCAAUGACAAGCCCCAGCCACUCUCCGAGAACGGAUUUACCAAAGCUCCGAAGGCGCAAGCAAAUGGAAAUACCAAAAGCCAAGCCACCACCGAACAGCUUCACCACCAAUCCAACGGGGGCGUGACGGGAAUACGUACGCAAUGGCAACCAUUGCAGGACGACAAAAACAACAAGCAACACGCUCCGUUCGAGCCAGAGCCGCUGGCCGGGCUCAAGCAAAAGUUCCCCCCGUCCCCAAGCGAGAGCGAGAGGGCAAAGCCCCAAUAUCCCGACCCAACAAACAACCCCGCCCAAGGCAUCAACAGUGCGGGAAUCGACCUCGGACUGCAGAGCAAGACAGCCUGGUGGGGCCUGCUGGACGUAACAAAAAGCAUGGCAGCCACCAAAACCCGCCUCGCCGAGAGCGCGCGGUUCGCGCAGAUGUCGGUGGCCGAGGUGGCGUAUGCGUCGGCGGCCAUCGCCGACCUCGAGGACGCGGUCGUCUUGGCCCAGGGCGAGCUGGUGCUGCGCCAGCAGGUCAUCCGGCGCCUGGAGGAGCAGGUCAAGACGCUGGUCGUGGAGCUGGAGGAGCGAGAUAACGCCCUGGCUGGCGCGGCGGCGGAUGCCGACCUCAUAAAGAGCCUUGUGGCGGAGCUGCAGGCGAGGGAGAGAAAUGGUGACGCCGGCAAUGAUGCUAAAUCUUCCGCCCAGGAGGGGGGUGAGCCGAAGGCCGGCAUGACGCGCCACGUUAAAUGGGCCGCGGAUGACAAUGACAAGAUCGUGAACAAUGUGAUCAAACUGAUCCAGGACCUGGAGUACAGGUAUUCGCUGCUCAGAGAGAGCCUCGAGAGCACCCACACCAUGUUCCGGGAGGCUCUGGCGCUUGCGGUGCCGGCGUUCGCUUCCCACCUGGCGGAGACGGCUAAGAAGGCGAGCGAUGCGGCGGCGCAGGCCGCUCUUGAUGCUGGCGAGGAUAACGCUGUGCUUUGA